ACAUAUAUCUGGCUAGUAUAUAGUUAAUACGGCCCAGUGCGUUGCUUUUGGAAAUCAUGUCGCCUGCAGUGCGAAAAAUUUUGGCUAAAAGUGCAAAAUGGCCAACAACAACAAAUGUUUACUGUGCAUAUAAAUGUGAUGGCGGAAAAUUCUAAGUGAAAAAUUAUGGAAGACAGCUAUAAAAGUCUGAGCGAGUGCCAAAAAGAAUCGGUGGAAAAAAAUAAUCAUAAUAAAGUCAAUAAAAAAAUGAAAUAAAGUUCAGUUCAAGUAGCUGCAGUUUCGGUGCGAUCAAGACGACUAUGUUUAUUUAUAUUAUUUACUAAUGUCGUCGCUCUAUCUGUAUCUAUAGCUGUGUAUCUGUUUCUUUGCGUGUGCAUCUGUGAGCGAUCGCUUUGUGUCAACUGAAAGAUUUGACCUCGCACUUCACCCAUCAAGUGAAUUAACGGCGACUGCGAGGAGAGAGCGAGAGAGAGAGAGACAGAGAAAAAAAAAGAGAGAGAGAGAACGCAGAAGUUCCUCAACAUCUCUGUCGACAUCUUCGUCUCACUGCCGCGCCCCCUUUUCACCAAGCAAACGCCCAUAAAGCAAUUUGUCAUACAAAGAAAUCAUUCAACUCGUCUGUGUGUCGCGAGUGCUGCGGAAGCUUUCGCAUAAUAGUUCCAAUUCCCAAUUGCCAUCAAGUGAGCCACUCACUAAAAAUGAAUUCGAAGUGAGCUCGAGACUAAAGAUGCAGAUGAAGCUGAAGCUGAGGAUGUAUUUAGAUAAGGGUGUAGUCAAACCAAAUGCGUUUAGAAAUAUUCUUGAGCGUUUUUAAUUUGAUUGAAGAACAAAUAUUUGUGCACAUCUUAUGGAUUAUGAAACAAAAGUUGCAGCUAAGCCGUCGUGGACUCUGACGGUUUCUAGUGCAAAGUGUUGAUCUAAUGCAAACAAAAACAAAUCAGAGUAAACAAAUAAAAAGUGUAGAAAAAAUAAGCGAAAGAGAGUGGGAGAGAUGUGAAUAAGUUUUUAGUAGGGGAUAAAACUGUGAUAAACGAAACGCCCAGCGGAGCAAUUAAAUGCGAGAUAAUAUACAAUUUUAAUAAAAAUAAAAGCCGCAGAAAAUUAAAAGGGGAGCAUCGCUAAAUAGCAACAGCAACAGUUGCAGCAGCACUAAAAGUAAUUAGCGACAGCAACAACUGCAGAGGGAGACCGAACUACAAAGUGUGUGAGCGGGAGAGAGAGAGAGUGAGAGAGAGAGAGCGAGAGAGGGGGAAAGCAAUAAUAAUAAAAAGGUGAAAUAAAACAAAUGAUGUUGCAAUCCUUGAAACAACGCACGGACAAACUAAGCGGCAUUCCAGCAACAACAGCAACAAGCGGCACAGUGGCAACUGCUGUGACAGCAACAGACACAGCGACAACAACAGCAACAGCAACAGCAACAACAACAUCGACAACAGCAGCAACAACAACAGCAACAACAAUGCUAACAACAGCACCUGUUGCACUUGUCGCUAAUGGUAUGGCCAAUGGCAGCAGUCUCUAUAACGGCAGCAACAACAUUAACAAUUUAAAUAGCAAUAACAAUUUGCAACAGCAACAACAACAGCAGCCACCAGUAAAGUAUUUAGAAAAUCUAACGCCUGCCACGGGCGCCAUUGCGACGGCAACAACUUUUACAGGUGCUGCGAAAAGUUUUCAUCCAUAUUUGCGGCCCAGCAGCAGCAUACCAGCAGCAGCAACAGCAACAGCAGCAGCAGCAACAACGACAAUGACCAAAACUGCUGGCGGCGUUGGCGUCGGCAUGUCGACAACAUUGUUCGAAACACUUUUGCACAACCAAAUAAAUUCCAAUGCAAAUGCAGCCGCUGCCGCUGCCACUGCCGUCGCUGCCGUACCACCAGCCGCAGCAGCAGCAACACCAACUGCAAUAGCAGCAGCAGUAGCAGCAGCAGAGCCAACGCAAGCGGCAGCUGCUGCAACCGCAGCUGCACCAACAGCAACAGCAGCAUCAGCGACUGCAACAUCGACGCUGCUAAAUUCCAGCAUUAAUUCCAGAACUUCAUUAGCCGACCAGAGCGCCAGCGACACCACAAAUUGCGACUCGAAUAGCGUUGAGACGGAGACGCAGCAGCCGGACCCUCUGCCCGCCAUUAAAUGCGAGGCAACGGAUGCCAUGGAUACCACAACGGCUGGCGAUACGGAACUGGCCAAGGAUCAGCCGGAUGCGGACAACAUUAAAAUGUUUGUCGGUCAGAUACCCAAGACAUGGGAUGAGCUCAAAUUGCGACGCCUCUUCGAGCAGUUCGGACGGGUCCACACGCUGAAUGUGCUGCGAGAUAAGGUCACAUCGAUUAGCCGAGGGUGCUGUUUUGUCACCUACUAUACGCGCAAGGCGGCUCUGCGGGCCCAGGAUGCGCUGCACAACAUCAAAACUUUGGAUGGGAUGCAUCAUCCCAUUCAAAUGAAGCCGGCAGACAGUGAGAACAGAAAUGAGCGCAAACUUUUCGUUGGCAUGCUGAAUAAAAAAUAUACGGAAGCUGAUGUGAGGCAACUAUUCACGGGCCACGGCACCAUCGAGGAGUGCACCGUGCUGCGGGAUCAGGUGGGCCAGAGCAAGGGCUGCGCCUUCGUAACAUUCGCAACCAAGCAGAAUGCCAUUGGGGCGAUCAAGGCCCUGCAUCAGAGCCAGACCAUGGAAGGCUGCUCGGCGCCUCUGGUCGUGAAGUUCGCCGACACGCAAAAGGAAAAGGAUCAAAAGAAGAUGCAACAGCUGCAGGCCAUAUGUGGCAUCAGUGCACUGACACAAACGCCCAGCGGCGCUGCAGCAGCGGCUGCCACGCCCACAGCGAACCCGGCCACAGCGCUGAUUGCCGCAGCGCCGGCAGCUCAACGCCCGAAUCCUUCAAUGGCCGCAGCGUUGGCCGGUGUGCCGCCGGUGCAGAGCGCUGGCGCGGCAGCACAGACGCCGACGCUCGUCUCAGUGCCGACGACGGCAGCGCUGAGCGCUUCGCUAGCUCCGGCAUUGCUCGGCAACAGUCCGCAUCAUGCCCAGACGCCUGGCGCAGCGGCAGCCGCAGCAGCAGCUGCCUACCUCAGCGCUGAUCCCACGGCUCACUUGCAGCUCUAUCAACAGAUGCAGCCCUACGGACUACUGCCGGCCCACUAUCUGCAAGGACUAAAUUUCCACCCACCGGAUAACAGUGCCCACCACAGCCAACACGGCCCAUCAUCCGGCGCUGCCGGGAGCACAGCAGCAGCAACUCUAUCGGCUGCAGGCGCCGCCGCAGCUGCAGCUGCAGCAGCAGCUGUCGCCGGGUCACCCGCAUCAGCAGCAGCAGGCGCACCACCCCCAACAUCAUCAUCAUCUCUCCCACUUGGCAUCGCAUCACCAGCAUCCAUCUACAGCGGCGGCGGCGGCAGCAGCGGCAGCUGCAGCGGGAGUCUCGCUGCCGCCGGGCAUGCUCCUGGCACUGGACUGCUCGCCAAUGCAUCCAUGUCUAUGCAGAAUCUGGUAACAUUGUUCAAUGCUAGCCAGCACAGCAACAGCAGCAGCAUCAGCAGCCUCAGUCACAGCCAUCGCCUCCACAGCAGCAACAGCAACAGCAACAAUAGCAACAACAGCAUCAACAGCCACAUACCCAGCAGCAACAGCAUUCUCAAUAGUCAUCAGCGUCAGCUUGGUGCCAGCUUCGCGCCCAACGCUGGAAAUUUGGUCACGCAUGCGCAGCACAAUUUUAGUUUGGCACAGCUAAUGGGCGUGGCACCGCCACCGCCGCCAGCGAGCGCCAGCCAAGCGCUCACGCUGAGCGCGCUCUGGCCACCCAGCGCCGCAGAUCCCUAUGGCACCAACACCUUUACCGGCUUAUCCAACGGAGCUAGUGCCGCAGCAGCCGCCUAUGGAGCCGCACAGACGCUGAAUGCCAGCGCCUUGCAAGCCGCCGCAGCGACCGUGGCAGGCAAACAGAUCGAGGGACCCGAUGGCAGCAAUCUGUUUAUCUAUCAUCUACCUCAGGAAUUCAUAGAUACCGAUCUCGCUUCGACAUUUUUGCCCUUUGGCAAUGUGCUAUCGGCCAAAGUGUUCAUCGAUAAGCAAACAAAUCUAUCGAAAUGCUUUGGCUUCGUCUCCUACGACAAUCGGCAUUCAGCUGAUGCGGCCAUACAAGCAAUGCACGGCUUUCAAAUAGGCACAAAGCGCUUGAAGGUGCAGCUAAAGCGGCCCAAGGACUUAGGCAAGCCCUAUUAAGCAGCUAACUGAGCCUGAUCUAACACCGACAAACACAAAUCCCAAAACACUAAACACAAAUAGAAAUAGAGUAGUUCCAUAUUGUGCCUUUUAGCGUGAAAUGUUUUCGAAACCAAAGGACCAAUUAAUAAAAUCUAUCUAACGUUAAGCAAACACCAAAAA